CACGGCUUGCAUCGCAGCACGCGCUGGCCGGGGCGUAUCAAGCGAACGGGCAGACGAAGGAGGCGAUCCAGCUGCUGGAGCAGGUCGUUGCGAUCCGGAAGACAUCGCUCGCGGAGGGUCAUCCGGACCGGCUUGGAUCGGAGCACAGCCUGGCCAAAGCAAUUGAAGCGAGCAGGCGCCUUGAAGAGUCA